UUAAAUUUAGUCUCUUGUUAGUCUCUCGUUUGGCCUAACACACAUUGUAUCGGUGGUGUUCGAAUAUUUUUAAAAUAAAUACGUACAUUACGUAGUAUGUGUGUCUCGAAAAAAAUUUAAAUAUGUAUAUUUUAUAUACAUAUAAAUGUAUGUACAUAUGCAUAUAAAUUAUUAGGUAUACGUACAUACAUGUGUACAUAAUAUAUUUCAUAUGUUCGCUGUUUUAUCCAAAAUACAGUUUAUAACAUAUAUUACCUAUAUACUUACAUAUUAUGUACAGAAUGUACAGAAAUAUGUACAUUGAAUGAACCUCACAAACACCGAUUGUGUAAUGGUAAAAUAUAACAAACAAAAUUGAAUUGUACUAUCCGGUGUCCAACUGUGAUUACUUGAUUUUCUAAUAAAUUUCAAUACAUUUUUCUAAGCGGUAAAAAUAAUAAAACUAAAUGAACAACAACCUGCACAAGGUAGUAUGUUCAUACCAGAAACUUUAAGAGGCUGUAUGAUCGAGACGGACGUUUCUUCUUAUUUGCAAUCCUCAUCAACGGGACAGGAUGAAUUUCACCCAUUUAUUGAAGCUCUUUUGCCGUAUGUCAAAUCAUUUUCGUACUCUUGGUUCAAUUUGCAAGCCGCUAAGCGGAAGUAUUAUAAAAAGCAUGAAAAGCGGAUGUCAUUGGAAGAAGAAAGACAUUGCAAAGAUGAACUACAGAAUGAAAAAACGGAGGUAAAACAAAAGUGGGCGUCCCGUCUCCUGGGUAAACUACGAAAAGACAUUACCCAAGAAAGUCGUGAGGAUUUUGUACAAUCGAUAAUUGGAAAACGCAAAUCCAUAUGCGUUCUCUCCAACCCGGAUCAAAAGGGGAAAAUGCGACGAAUCGAUUGCUUGAGGCAGGCGGACAAAGUUUGGAGACUUGAUCUAGUGAUGGUAAUCCUAUUCAAGGCUAUACCUUUGGAGAGUACCGAUGGGGAGCGUUUGGAAAAGAAUCCCGAAUGCUUACACCCAGGAUUGUGUGUAAAUCCGUAUCACAUAAAUGUCUCUGUGAGAGAAUUGGAUUUGUAUUUGGCAAACUUUAUCAAUACUCAUAGCUCAGCGACUUUUUCUUCAAGACCUUCAAGAUCACCUCAUUUAAGCCUAUAUCAUCGUAAUAACAACGAUCCAGUGAGCAGAAAAGACGACAUGAAAAAUGAGAAUAUUAGUCAAAAUCCAUAUAAUGGCGUUGUUUGUAAUGACAUUAUUUUAGCAACUGGGGUAUUUUCUUCACAAGAAUUGUGGACAUUAUCCAAAGAUUUAAUUCUAGAUGAAUCAAGCGAUAAUACCAUUCACUCUAAUCUUAUUAAAAGAGAGAAUGUUGGAACUAACUAUGAUUGCAAUACAUAUCAAAUGAGCUCUGAAGUCCAACAACAACAUGGACCAAAUGUUCCCAAUCCAACAACAAUUUCUGUUGGUUAUAGUAUUGAUUUUAUAGAUCAAAGGACAAAUCCCAAUUUAUCGCCAAGUCCGCUAUUACGCAGAGAUGUAACAAAUGAAGAAGAUGGACCUCCUGAUGCAAAAGUCGAUCCAAGUAUUUCACCGCCUAUUAUCGCUAGUAAUUCAUCAUCUAAUAAUGUCAACGGCAGCAGUUUUUCUUUAAUUUUGAGAUCUUCAGAAAGUGAUCAAAAAGUCAGCACAGAUUCUGCAGUCUCAGCUAUUAACUCAUUGCAUCGUUAUACGUCGCUUAACAAUAGGUCCAUAACUCAAGCUCUUCCACAACACAAUUGCUCUUCAUUGCUACCAACAUCAACAAGUCCGAUUAGUACUUUGUAUUACUCACAGCCCAAUAAUUCUCGAUUACCUAUAUGCGCUACUUCGUCUGACGAUAAAUACUCCUCUACGGAACCUCACGAUAUUUCCGAUUUUGUAACUUACGUUUGUCAGGAUUCGAGCCAUUCGACAACAAUUUCUGGAGCUGUUGAAAGUCAUCCCUCCUUUCAACAUUCACAUUCAGUUCAACAUUCAGUUACUCCACACACACACUCGCCUGUUUCCUCGUCCCAAGGGCAUUCACAUUCACCACAAUUUCAUAUUCAUGCGAAAUCAAGUCAUCAUUAUCAUAGUACUAUGUUGCCGCCAAUGUUGCCACCAAUGGCCAGACCUGUAGCGAUCAUCCGGAGCAGUGGUGACCACCUUACACUAGUACAGUCCAGUCCUCCACCCUCUCCCAUAAUUCUGGCCAAUCAAUCGGCGAACUUGGGAAAAAAUAAUUUGGGAACGAAUGAUAAUAAUAGAGGAGCUACGACGGACGUUAUAGAAAUCGAAAAUCAAGAAAUAUCUGCAGCUAGUACAUCUCCUCAAUCUCAAGCUCAAUCACAGUCACAAGCUCAACCGAGAGAUUGUCCUCAAACGUAUCUAGAUACUAGUACUCGAUGCAAACUAUUAUCAUCGCCAGUUACUGGAGCCAAUACCAUCAGCCGUAUAGCAGCCACGCAAAUGUAUUCCUCUCCCAAUAAUCGAGAUUAUUUUAAUCAUUUUCAUUCGCAACCCACAUCGCUUUUGGGUUAUGCCGGCACUAUUUCAACAAUGUCUGGCGUCAUAAGUCCGACCAAUUUGAGCCUUUACUCAGCUCCAAUGCCUAUUUCACGUCCAAAUACAAGGACACGAUGGAACGACGAAGAGCUCAAUGCAAUUCCACACUCAAUAACUAGUACAAACAUAGAAAAUACCCAAGUUAUAUUAAUGGAGGAUUCUUCUGGACGUUAUAUUGACGAAUAUUCAAAUCGGGACUAUGUGUCAUGAUCAUUUAAUCAACAAAGAUUCUACACAAAUUGUGUUCGUAAUACUCAUUUUCGGCUUUUGUUAGGCAAAAACACAUUUACAGAAUGGAAAAAAUAUUAUUAGAAGGUACUUCUUCUUCUUCAAUACUUAAAUGAAGACAUCAAAAGAACAUUGAAUUAUAUUAUAUUAAACAAAAAGCUUGAAGGAAAAUAUUAAAAAAUAUACACAAUUGAUUUAUUCGA